GACGCAGAGUUGUAGUGUAUUGCUCCCUCUACGUUUAGGGUGGCAGUGUUGAACUGAUCUAGCAAUAAACCGACAGACAGAGAGUUAAUUGCGUAUAGGCGGUACUCGGAGAUCGGGGAUUUAUCCGGGGGUUAGGCCGUCGCUGAUCUACAGAGAAAGACGCUAACUCGGAAUUCAACUGCCUUUUUUGGGAUGACACUAGAUGUCUCCCUGGGUGACAUUAUGGACCAGCGAGCGUGAAAAGGUGAACCUCGUUCGAUAACAAAUAACAGGUUGUAGAGUAGAGUUGUACGAGUGUCUAAGGGCACUCAGGACAGGCGAGCUGUCAGAGAACUGAGAUUGGGAGUCAAGUGGGAAGUGUUAAGGUUAAGCAGGUCCGUAACGAACGAGGAGGCCGGGCCCGAUCUAGAAAACCCCGGGUCGUCGUUGAGUUGAGGAGGAGUGGGAACUACUAAAAAAAGAAACAGAAAAGGAUCAGUUUCCCGCAAAACCAGGCGGGGGGCAUACCGCAGGCGCAGGGAAUCUCGGCUUGAAUCAUCAGGGAACUCGCUGAUAAAGUGGGUGGAGUUACAAUUUGCUUUGAAAACAACAUAACUAGGCACUGUGAUGCGAGGCUGCGUUCGAAACUCCAAGGCUCUGUCCCCUGCCAUGUUUCCCAGGCUCCUGUUUGACGUACAUCGGUGGGGCUCGUUGAUGGGGCGACGGGGCCUGGCCUCUGUAGGGGAACCCCACCCCACCCCACUGCCCAGCCAGGCCCGAGUGGUGAUCUGUGGAGGGGGCAUUGUGGGUUCCUCUGUAGCUUAUCAUCUCGCCAAGCUGGGCUGGAAGGACGUGGUGUUGCUGGAGCAGGGAAGGCUUGGCGCAGGGACGACUCGGCUGUGCGCUGGUAUUGUGAGCACAGCUAAGCACAUCCCAAUUGAGAGUAAGAUGGCUGACUAUUCCAACACACUCUAUCAACAACUGGAACAGGAAACCGGGGUGAAAACAGGGUAUGUGAAGACAGGGUCCCUCUGCCUCGCCCAAAAUCAGGAUCGAUUCAUCUCGCUAAAGCGCCUCGCCUCCCGCCUCAAGGUUUUGGGGAUCCGUUGUGAUGUCAUCACUCCAAAGCAGGUGGCAGAACUCCACCCACUGGUUAAUAUUCAUGAUUUGGUGGGGGCGGUCCAUGUGCCAGGGGAUGCUGUGGUCUCUCCUCCCGAUGUUAACCACGCCUUGGUGGUGGCUGCAGCAAAGAACGGAGUACAGAUCCAUGAACACACAAGUGUCAAUCACGUCAUGGUCCAGAAGGGUCACGUGACAGGGGUGGAAACGGACCGCGGGAAAAUUGACUGUGACUAUUUUGUGAAUUGUGCCGGACAGUGGGCGUAUGAGCUGAGCCUGUCCAGUGAGGAACCUGUAUCGGUGCCUGUGCAUGCCUGCGAGCAUUUCUACCUGCUGACCAAGCCUCUGGAGCAGCCUCUCCAGCCACACACACCUGUGGUGAUGGACCUGGAUGGUCGGAUCUACGUGAGAGCCUGGCAGGGGGGCGUGCUGUCGGGCGGCUUUGAGAAGAAUCCGAAACCCAUCUUCACAGAGGGCAGGAGUCAGCUCGAGAUCCAGGGCAUGCAGGAAGACUGGGACCACUUUGAGCCCAUGCUGAGUGCCCUCCUGCGCAGGAUGCCCUCUCUGGAUUCCUGUGAGAUCCACCAGCUUGUCAACUGGCCCGAAUCCUUCACCCCUGACAUGCGUUGCAUCAUGGGGGAGACGCAGACUGUGCACGGCUACUUCGUACUUGGGGGCAUGAACUCGUCAGGGCUGUCGUUUGCAGGGGGUGGCGGGAGGUACCUGGCAGAGUGGAUGACCCAUGGGUACCCUUCAGAGAACGUGUGGCCCCUCGAUGUGAAGCGCUUCGGCACCCUGCAGAGCAGCCGCACCUUCCUGCGCCAUCGUGUUAUGGAGGUCAUGCCCCUGCUGUAUGAGCUGAAAGUGCCUCGCUGGGACUUCCAGACAGGGCGACAGCUGCGCACCUCCCCCCUGUAUGAUCGUCUGGACACGCAGGGCGCGCGCUGGAUGGAGAAGCAUGGCUUUGAGAGGGCCAAGUACUUUGUACCACCCGGCAAAGAUCUCCUGGCGCUGGAUCAGAGUAAAACCUUCUACAAGCCGGACUGGUUUGAUAUCGUGGGGGCAGAGGUGAAGUGCUGUAAGGAGGCUGUGUGUGUUGUCGAUAUGUCAUCCUUCACCAAGUUUGAGCUCAGCUCAUCAGGGGACCAGGCCUUGGAGCUGCUGCAGAGACUGUGUGCCAAUGACCUGGACGUGCCAGUGGGUCACAUCGUCCACACGGGCAUGCUGAACCAGCGCGGCGGCUACGAGAACGACUGCAGCGUGGUGCGGCUCAGCAAGAACAGGUUCUUCAUCAUCUCCCCCACCGAUCAGCAGGUUCACUGCUGGUCCUGGAUCAAGCAGCACAUGCCCAGUGAUUCCCACCUGCAGCUUGAGGACGUCACCUGGAAGUAUACAGCGCUGAAUGUCAUCGGCCCCCGUGCAAUGGAUGUGCUCUCUGAACUCUCCUACGUGCCCUUGACCCCCGACCACUUCCCCUCACUCUUCUGUAAGGAAAUGAGUGUGGGGUACGCCAAUGGGAUCCGGGUGAUGAGCAUGACACACACAGGAGAGCCAGGCUUCAUGCUGUACAUCCCUAUUGAGUAUGCCUUGCACGUCUAUAAUGAGGUGAUGUCUGUGGGACAGAAGUAUGGGAUUCGCAACUCUGGCUACUACGCCCUGCGCAGUCUGCGUAUUGAGAAGUUCUUCGCCUUCUGGGGUCAGGACCUGGACGCAUUCACCACCCCACUGGAGUGCGGGCGUGAGUUCAGGGUUAAAUUCGAUAAGGGGACAGAGUUCAUUGGGAGGGAGGCUCUGCUGCAGCAGCGGCAGGCAGGGGUGAGGCGUCGCUUCAUCAUGUUCCUGCUGGAGGACCACAAUACGGAGCUGGACCUCUGGCCCUGGUGGGGGGAGCCCAUCUACCGCAAUGAGGAGCUGGUGGGGGUGACUAGCAGCAGCGCCUACAGCUACACUCUAGAGAGACACGUGUGCCUGGGCUUUGUGAAGCCACCACAGACCGAUCCAGGCACGCCCACCGUCGUCACGGCUGACUUCAUCAACCGUGGAGAGUAUGAGGUUGAGAUCGGCGGCCAUCGCUACCCCGCCAAGGCCAAGCUGUACCCCUUCAGCUCGCUCUUUGCUCAGCAGCGCCGCCGCAAGGACGACAUGGAGCUCAGCAGCUUCCAGGGCAAGUAGAGGAACACCAGCUUCUCUGUGGCCUGUGGGUGCGUUUAUGUGCGUGUGUGUGUGUGUUUGUUUGGAGCAUCUGAAAUGCCUCAGAAUAACCGAUCGUCGUUUACUUUUCAAAUAAUCAGUAAUUAACAGUAAUUGCCAAAACCCAAAGAACAUUGUCGGAUAUCUUAAACAUCUUGAUAAAAAUUUUAAGGACAUUUAAUGCGUUCAGUCCUGCAACCCAGCAUAAUGAAAAGUCCAAUUUCCUGUUUUUUUUUAACAACAGUGUUGACCAUUAAGGUGUACGUGUACCUAACUCAGUAUCAGUCUGAUGAUUGCUGGUUCAUUUUAGUGAUGCAUUUGAAUGUAUCGUCUUAUUUGGAAGGUGACCAUACCCUUUAGACACUUGAAAACUUACAUACCAUGUAGUACUCAUACCUGAGUAUGGAAUCUGUCAACAAAACAGGAAGCCUCACUUUUUCAAUACAUCAUCAAGGACGGAUGCAUCCUCCUUUCUCUGAUCUUCAUUUACCUGUUGAUUUAAAAAAAAAAAAAAAAAAAAAAAAACAGAUCACUUGUCUUCAAAUUCAGCCUUCUUACCAGCAUGGGUUUCUAACAGGACACAAACCCUUCACUGCAAAACCAUGAACUCCUCAACAUCUACAACACCAGCAAAGAGACCACACACUAAAAACAGCUCAGUUCUUUGCUGGGGAUUCCAGAGGGAGCGUUGCAUUGGCUGUGACGCCUGUGAACCCUGCUGACCAGGUGCCCAGUGAGCUCAAAUAGACACCUGCAGGUCUGCACUUUGUCUUCCAGAGGCCUGUAUCUCUCUGACAUCCGUUCUUGCGUUCCUGGGUGCAAAAGAGGAAAUUGGCUUGGUCACGGGAUCUCCUGAACUGUGGGGGAAUAAAAUCUGGGGCAAAAUAAUUGGACACUCUAAAUAAAUAAAUAAGUAAAAACAAUAAAAUCAACUGCAUGCAGUAGAAAACAAAUUUAGUAACAAUCCUGAAACACUUUUGUUUGUAUUACUUUUGUUAGUAGUAUGUAAUGUCAGUUCCAAGUUAAUGCCAAGUGCAGCAGUGAUGGCAAAUAUAGUGCUGUAUAUUCUUUUUCUUUGGGACUCCUAUUUCAGUUUCUAUAAAGAAAUGUCACAAAAGCUCCCAUGCACAGCACAGCACUGUUUGCCUGAAUGAGAGGUUCUGUAGGGACAUUUAUCUUUGACUAUGACAGCGCUAUAGCAACCUCUCCCACUCUGUUCUCUCCAUAAGAAACUGUCAGACAGGUGAGAACUCAUUCCCUGUAACACAGGAAUUUAAUAAGGAGAGGAGAUCCAGUACAUGGUAUAUUCAGAACAGUAUUGUGGUAUGCUAAUGAGAGGGAAGAAAAAGUUUAUAAUACUCCCAUCUGGUCUUAUUUGAUCUCUGUUCAGUCCAGGUCUCCAACUUAAAGUAGUUAUCCACAAUGGACAAGGAGAAAGCAACCUAGGCUUUUCAAAUCUUUAUUUCAACCAUGUCCUUAAACAUUAAAUUGUUUCAUGUCUAUCUCAAGUACUAUUAUACCUAUUGAACCUGAAAUGGCACUUCGGGAUCCCUGGUAUUGACUGCUGAGAGGUAACCUUUAAUAACAUUGAAUUAUUUAAAGGCUAUUUAUUGGAUAGCCUUUAUACAAAUGGUUUCUAUGCAUCCUAAGAACAAAGGUUAUAGUCCAUACAGUAACUGCAGUAUUUUCAACAUAAGUGAUUUAUUUACAGUAAUAUUAAGCAGACUCAUUUUUUUGAGUUGCAGGCGGUUCUGAAUCAUCUAAUAACCUAUACUGUACUUGUACUUAUCUGUAUAUAUUUGUGCAUAUGAGUUUACAUAUGCACACAUAUACAUGAAAAUCUAUGUGUAUAAUAAAGUACCAUGUACACACAUGUUCAUGUAUGCAUAUAAUAUGUACUGUGUAUUCAUUUUAUAUAUGUAGAAGUAUUUGUGUUUUGUAUAUAGAUGUGAGCGAGGUGUUGAAUACUGUAAUUGCUAAAAGACUGGUAUACUUUUUUCAAGACCAGUCAGAAUCAGCUUUUCAUCUGGUUAAGUUGCAUGGAUUUAAAAAAAAAAAAAAAAAAAGAUUAUUGCUUGGUAUUGUACAACUAUUGAUUUUGUGUGUAUAUAUAUUUUUUUAAAACUAAGUGAGAGCUUUUGUUUUUUUGUGGUAGGGGAAUGACCUACGCCCAUUUUGUCCGUCUAUUUGAACUGAAUGCAGUAAACCCAGAACAGCAAUCCCAUCUAUAACAGUACAGCAAACCCGUCUAACACUGGGUCAGUAAUCAGCUGUGCUGUGAAACUAUGCUGCACAGGUACGUAGAAAGUGAAUGUUUUAUCCAUGGUCCAUAUUCAAAUACCUGCACAGCGUGAAAACUAAAACUUGAAUAUCAAGUAUCACUCGCAUUUGCGCUGAAACAUAUUGCAGGAACAGGUACUUCACAGGAGUACAGGAAUGAAUUUGCUGUAAACAUUCUACCCUUCAGACCUCGUUCUGUAUACGCUUGGUGUGUUGGGUGUUUUGAGUUUUGUGUAAUUUUAUAAUUGGUUUGGUUUGGUACAAGUUUACCUUCAUCCCCCCACAAGCACUUUGAAAUGAUCUGCACUCCAAGAGGACAUAGGAUGAUUUGUUUCUGUCGUGCCUAAAGGACCUUGUUUUUAAUUGAUAUAAGAUUAUGAGGAUUGUUAGAGGAGAGAGAGUUGUUUUCCAGCCCAGCAGCAGGAUGCACUGAAGUAGUCAAGAAGGAAUCGAGUCGAAACUAGGGUUUCUCCUGCACUACCAGUCUCCAGCAGUAGGGGGUGCUGUGGAGUGGGCGUAAAUACCGUUUUAUUGCACAUGUGAAAUGUAUGUUUGUUGAGUUCUCCUUUAUGUUGGUUGCCAUUCUUUGGGCCAGUCCGGCAUCAAGCACUCCCAAAGCCAUCCUCUGUUGUACACUGUACUUCUUUACUUGCGUUGUGUUUCUUUGUGUAUUUAAAAUAAUAAAGUUUUGAAAGUGAAAAUUUA